UAGCUGCACUGGGAUUUAGCAUUAAACAUAUCAUUGACCAAGAAAUAGAUCUUUAUGAUAUAUUUGAUCAUAAACCGAUGAUAGUUAAUACAUCAAAUGUAAACUAUCAAUGUUUUGAGAAAUAAAUCAUUGUCUUUAUAAUUCAAAUCAUUUACAAAUUAUAAAUAUUAUACAUUUCACAUUAAUUUGUGUUACAAUUUUGUCUUAUAUAAGAUUAUUGAUUAUUUUAGUACGUAAAAAAACUGAUAUUAUAUUUGAAUUGUAUGAUACUACAAAAAUUAGUCCAUAUAAAUGGUCAAAAUUAUUUAUAUUAAUGUCAGUUGGUAUUAAUUGCUUUUUAAUAGGUUUACAUUAUCAUUUUAAAAAUAAUAAUAUUCAUCUAUGUAGUCAAAAUAGUAAAAUAAUACGUAUAGAAAAUUUAUCGACAUAUGUUAUUGUAAAUGUGAUGGAAGAUUCUUAUUUAUUAUUUGAUUUUAUGAAACGCGAUAAAGAUUCUUAG